AUGUCGCCUCCGAAACAAACUGAUGACGGAAACACGAUCGUGGAGGAGACAACGGGAGUUGGGCAUCGGAUCUCAGCGCUCGAACAGAAAGUGGAGAAGAUUAAGAGCUUUCUAGUUAAGAUCGAGAAAUUCCUAGAUGACAAAGAUCGCCUAGAGAAACAGAAUCUCGGUGGAAAAGAGAAGGAGGAGUCGAGUGUUCUAGAUGAGCUGCAACAGUGCCUACGCGAUGCCAAGGUUACUAAGAACCAGAAGGAGGAAAUUCAAGCCUCAAGAGCGAUCGCGAGCCAUGCCGGAGGAUCUCCGGAGAGUAGUGAUCCGAUUCUGGAGCAGGAUCAUUUGAUGACUGUGCCUGAGGAGAAGAACGGUUCGUUGACACAGAGUCAUCAAUGGGUUACACAGAAGAACGACGAAUCAUUGACACGGAGGUUCGAGCCUCUGUUUGACGGAGGUAACGCUGAAGGUUGGGUUAUCAGAGUGGAGCAGUAUUUUGAGAGGGGUAAAGUCACGGAGCAAAAGCUUUUUGGAAUUGUUAAUACAGAGAAGAAGGAUACGCAGGAGGAAAACCAGUCAGCUGAGAUGGAUAGAAAUGCCUGCCAGGUGUUCGACGAAAUAACUCAGGAAGGAAAAAAGGUAGCCAAGAAGAGAAAGAAGAAGAUAUGGAAGGCAUCUCUGAAGGUUCAUGAGCGAUUAGAGAAACAAUUGAGUUCUGAAGAGAAACGGAAGACAUCUCUAAGUUGUGAAGAGAUCAGAAAUGGAUUUUACGUUAAUAGGAAACAGGGAGAUAUCAAGAAGAGUAUUUAUGCCUCCCAAGUGUUCGAUAAAAGGUCUAGGAAGAAGAAAAGGGAAACCAGAAAGAGGAAGAAUAAGAAGUUCACAAAAGCUAAGAGAUCUAAGUACAAACGAUGGAAAGGUGAUCCUCUCAACUUUCAGUCUCAUAAGGCGAGAGGCUUCAACAUUCAACGCACCAAGAGAAUCAAAGGAUGUAACAUAGUGAAGAGCUGUUGGAUUGUGCUUAAUGAGCUGCUAGUGUGGGAGAUUCGAGUGAAGAAGAAGAAGAAGAUGGUUUGUACAAAGUCUAGAAGCGUCAAGUACAAACACAGGAAGCUGGACCAAGAGAAACUAAUUCGAAUCCUGAAGAAGAACAUGUUCAGGGGUCAUAAAACAUGA